CCGAAGACGACCCGGAUGUUCUUUCCGGGUGCGCCGGGUUGCCAGGGGUCCGUUAAAGGAGUGGCGGCCGCUCUGCUCACCCGCCGGUGGGGUCCUGUCUUUUGGUGUCUUUUAUGACAACCAACAUCACCAAAUGGAUCAUUCAGGACAAACAAAGGAAACACAUUCUUUUUAUGAUGAAAGAUUUUGUUGUAAAGUUUACUAUUCACCAAAAAAUGCUUAUUCUAAGCUGGUAAACCAGCACCGUAGUGGUAGGUUUAGAGCAUAUCUAAACCGAUUUUCUCAACUGGUUAAUUAUAUUGACAAAAAUGAUGAAGCUGGAAUUAUUCCUGAGGCUGAUUUGAAUCCUUCAGUAGUAGAAGAAGAGCGACAAAGGGAUAUUAAUAAUGAUCAACAAAGUCUGGAAGAUAGAAAAUACAGUCACUCUGCAUCAACGGUGGAUGUUGAUUGUGCUGCCCUGUUUCCAAACAUGUCUGUUAACUUUUUGGAAAACAUUGGGGAUGCUGCUGAAACUGUUAUGCCAGACUCUCGGAAGAAGCAGCAGCACGGAUUGACAAUGCAAAAACAAAACAAACAAAGAGAUACCACCACCAGCCAGGCUGAAAAUACUGAACUGGGAAAUGAAGUGAUGUUCAAAGAAAUAAGGCCUAAAUCAAUCCAUUCAAAAACACUUAUGGACAAUCACAAGGAGCUUGCAAAAUCAGUGACUGCAAAUGAUCAUAAUCGGUGUUCUCAAUCUGCAUUGCCGAGGCUUAAACUGUCUUCGGACAAUUGUGUUCAAAGCGUUGAUACAGAGAGAACAGAAACUGAUGGACGAGUGGCUAAUGAAAUUGUAGUGCAGAAUAAUAAGAAAAAGAGAAAUCGAAGAAAGAGCAAAAGUAAAACUGAUGUAAGCUUGGGUGUAACUCAUUGUUCAGAUGGAGUCUGCCUUGCAGAUGAAGUUGCUGCACUUCAUGACUUGGAAUCUACUCAUUCGGAGAAAGCCAAUAUCGACCAUGUGCAAAUGGGAAACUUAGCUAUACGUUCAAACGUCAAUGAUAAGUGGAAUAGGAGUAGAAGUGGCCGAGGGAGGAGGAAGAAGAUAUUUGAACCCUACUUGUCAACCAGUGAAGUUUCAGCUGGCCUAAAGAGAGGAGAACUUAUACAGGGUCUACUGAGAAUUAAUCCUAAAAAGUAUCACGAAGCCUUUAUUCCCUCCUCUGAUGGAACUAGAGAUAUUUUUAUCGAUGGUGUCAUUUCUCGAAAUAGAGCUUUGAAUGGUGAUGUUGUGGUGGUAAAGCUCCUGCCCAGGGAACAGUGGAAAAUUAUUGUGCCAGAGGGGAAUGGGUUAGAAGCUAAUGCACUUGCUCAAUCAGAUGUGCCUGGUGAAAUUAUUAACAUUCACUCUGAGGCUCUUCCAGCUCAGGAUAAAAUUAAUGUGGUUGUGGAGAGUCCUGAUGUAAUUAUUGAAGAGCAAUAUGAUGCCCAGGAUGAGAACGUGGAUGAAACUGGUGCUUUGUGGAAAGAUGCACUUGGUGGUGAUGUUAGCAAGACAAACCUUGGUGCUUCUGGAAAAGCUAUUGGUUCUGGUGGAUUACAGUCCGCUGAUAGCAUCACCAGAAGGCAAACUUCAAGACAGGACAAAUUUUGCGUUGUGGCUGCAAAUGAUUCAAGAAAUCAUCCAGAUAGGUUCCUUCAAAAAACUGGCAAGGUCGUUUACAUUGUGGAGAAGAAGCAUUCCAGAGCUGUGACAGGAUUCAUCAAGCCAUUAACUGAUAAAAAUAGUGACCUUUACAAGGAGUUCAUUAUAUUUUCACCUGUUGAUCACAGAGUACCUAGAAUCUUGGUGCCAAUAGAAGAUUGUCCAGAAGACUUCAUGGCUAGGCCAGGAGAUUAUGGGAACAUUCUGUUUAUUUGCCGCAUUGUGGACUGGAGAGAUGAUUGCAAUUUUGCAGAUGGGCAUUUGGCCAGAAGUCUGGGACAAGCUGGUGAAAUUGAACCUGAAACUGAAGGUAUACUUAUAGAAUAUGAUGUGGAUUUCUCGGACUUCCCUGAUGAGGUUCUGGAAUGUCUACCAAAAUCUCUACCCUGGACCAUCCCAAAUGAAGAAUUCAGAGAUCGUAAAGAUUUACGGAAGGAAUGCAUAUUCACAAUUGAUCCAAUAACUGCUAGAGAUUUGGAUGAUGCACUAUCUUGCCGCGAGCUCCCUGAUGGAAACAUGGAAGUUGGAGUGCAUAUUGCAGAUGUGAGUUACUUUGUUCGUGAGGGGACUGCUGUUGACGAAAUCGCCAGCAAAAGGGCAACCAGUGUCUACCUAGUUCAGAAGGUUAUCCCAAUGCUUCCAAGACUACUCUGUGAAGAACUCUGCAGCUUGAAUCCAAUGCAGGACAAGCUAGCCUUUUCUGUCAUUUGGACAUUGACUCCUCAAGGAAAGAUUCUAGAUCAGUGGUAUGGGCGAACUAUUAUUCGUUCUUGUGUAAAGCUGAGUUAUAAUCAUGCACAAUGUAUUAUUGAGGAUCCAGAGAAGACAUUGACCCAUGAUGAACUACCACCCAUUUCACCUGAGCAUAGUAUUGCAGAAGUAAAGGCUGCAGUAAUAAAUCUUCAUAACAUUGCCAAACAUCUUCGUAAGCAAAGGUUUGACAGCGGUGCUCUACGCUUGGACCAGUUGAAGAUUGCCUUUACCUUGGACAAAGAGACAGGAAUGCCUCAAGGAUGCUAUGUCUAUCAGUAUAAAGACAGCAACAGAUUGGUCGAAGAAUUCAUGUUACUGGCAAACAUGGCUGGCCACAGCAUCUACAAUUUAUUUCCAGAGCAAGCUUUACUACGUCGCCAUCCACCACCUCAAACAAAGAUGGUUGAUGAUCUUAUUAAGUUGUGUGAGCAGCUGGGACUUGAACUUGACUUCAGUUCUGCAGGCGCAUUACACACGAGCUUAAAUAAAACACUCGGAACAGAUCAAUAUUCUGCCACUAGGAAAGAAGUGCUGACCCACAUGUGUGCUCGACCAAUGCAGAUGGCACAGUACUUCUGCACUGGAGUCCUUUAUGAUGAAGCAUUGUUCCGCCAUUAUGCACUCAAUGUGCCUUUCUACACUCACUUCACUUCGCCUAUCCGCCGUUAUGCUGAUAUCAUUGUUCACCGACUACUUGCUGCAUCAAUUGGUUCUGGUCAACAGGUUGGCCUUAAUAAAAGUGAAAUUCAGAAACAAGCAGACCAUUGCAAUGAGAAGAAAAGUGCUUCGAAAAAAGUGCAAGAGCUUAGCUCAGACAUUUUUUUCUCUGUUUUUGUGAAGGAAUGUGGCCCUUUGGAAUCUGAAGCCAUGGUGAUGGCAGUCCUGGAUCAAUCCUUUGAUGUAUUGGUUCUACGAUAUGGUAUCCAGAAGCGAAUCUACUGUAAUGGUCUUCCUCUCCAAGGAUUUACUUUUCAGAGAGUAGGAAAGAACCCUGAACUAAGAUUGAUGUGGGAACCAGAGACGCAGGAUCAAAAACCACUUUGUCAGGUAAUAACCAUUUUUGCAUUGGUGGAAGUUGUCUUAAAAUCGGACGACAUAGCCCUCAAGUUCAGCGCCAUUCUCAAGAAACCAGGCUCCUGAGUGAAGAAAUCUCUACUGAAAAUUCCUGCUGAAACCAAAUAGUUUGUUAACUUAAAAGUUAUUUUACUAAUGCACAAAACAUUGUUUAAAAAUUAAACAUUUUAAUAGCAAUUUUAAGUUCUGAUUUAGCUGCACAGUACUGUUGUAGCAAAUUUUAUUAGAAUUAAAAAAUGUACUGUGUGUAGUAUAUAACCUCAAAUGUGCAGUCUGUUGCAUAAACUUUUACCAUUAUUUGUUUCAUGGUUCUUUGCAAUGCUGUUACAAAUUUAGGUUAGAGAAUAGCAAAGUUAUUUGACAAUUGAAGUGUGGUAAACAUGAAUUGAUGUGGCAGUCAAAUAUUGUUUUAUGUUAAGUAUAUAUCAAGACCAGCCUUAUAUGCAGAGUGAUGGGAACUCUCUGUCUUAAUGUACUUCAGUGCAAAUAAUAAAACAAAGGCUGCUAACAUA